CCAGGCAUGUGCCACUGCCACGGUGCCACCUCUCACCGAACGCACCUAAAAAACACCUUGCAGUGAGAACCCGAACCACGCGUCCAGCUCCCUCUCGCCUCGCACCAGCUCAUCGCAGCUCCGCCCACGCUCAGCGCCCUCAAGGCAAGCUUCACCUUCCCACCUCCCCUCUUCCUACCAGCCCCGACCUCUCCCCCAAUCCCACCACCACCAGAUUCGCCUCGACGCCCCCCCUCCCCUCACCUUGAUGCCACGCCCCCUCCCAUGGCGCCACGCCCGCGCCCGCGCCGCUCGGCACCCGCCCGAGCCGCGACCCUGACCACCCUCCUCCUCCCGCUCCUCCUCCUCGCCUCCCCGUCCCUCCCCCUCUCCUCCGCCGCCCCCUCGCCGCCCUCCUCGGCGGUCCCCGCCACGCAGCGGCAGGUCGCGUCGGCCUCCGACCCCCCGGCCUCCCCUCCCCCUCCGGCGCGGCGGGCUCCGCGGCCGCGGCACCGGCACCGGAGGCACGCACCCCCGCCACCGCCGCCCAGGCAGCGCCGGCGGCGGCUCAACUUCGGGGAGCGGCUCGGGAUCGCCUUCGCCGGCGUCGCCGUCGCAAUGCAGCUCUUCCUCGGCGCCUUCCUGGCGCUGCGCGCGUGUCAGCUGCGGCGGCUCGACAAGGCCGAGGUGUCCUCCUCUACGCCCCUCACCUGACAGACCGCUCCAUUCCCCGCCUCGCCCGCGCCAAUCGAAACCCAAGCUCGUCCGGGUGUCAGGUCCGUGAUUUAUUUGUGAGCUGAUCUGAUGCCGCUUGCCGCCGCCGCCGCUGCUGUAAAGGGAUCCAGGGUGCGCGCAGUAGCUGCACCUGUCCAUGUUGGACGCCAUUCUUUUCGUUCUUGUUGUACUAGUACUACUACCGUGUACAAUCUGCUUCUGCUCCGUGCAGGCUCUAGUUGAGAGGCUAUGUGAUAUGAGAGUUGCGCUGCUGCUUUAAUUGUUGCCGACUUGCCGUGCGUUACCUGAUCUAGAUGGUUAGCUGCUGCUGCUUCUAUAUGAUGUUCCAGUGUUAGAAUUGCAUACUUCAGGCUUUUGAGGUUAAAUGGGAUUCGAUUUUCAAAGCGAUUUGUUCCAAUUAUUGCACCGGUAUGACAUAAACUAACCUGUCAGUUGCACUUUUCUGUUUUCACAAUCAAGAUCAUUCCAUGUGGAAUGAUUGAGUAAACAAUCAAACAUAUAAUGUGCGCUUAAGGCCCUGAUCCCGAUUCCCACACCGUCCUGGGACUCGUAUCACAGGAGAGCUUGGUAGUUUGUAAGAUUUUUAAUUUUUUUCUCCAUGCUUUCUUUCGUUGAAUGCCUAUUACCAUCUCAUAGGAAAGUGCAGGAUAAUUUGAGCAUGGUGAUUUUUUUGCGAAGUCUAUCUAUUGAACAUAACUUUUUUGGGGAUUUGAAUAGUUCAUGUUAAUACUGCUCCCCACUCCCAAAAUUCAGAAGAAAACAUACGCAGUGCCUCAAUUUUAUUUUUUGAAGCAGAAAGACUUAUCUUCUUACUUAUGCACAGAAUUCCUUAAGAUAAAAUUCGUUGGCAGUUCUUCAAUGGCACCUUUUCAUCUUAUGACAGACUGGAUAAUUUUCUUAUGUUCUGUGUUGCAACCAGUGACAUCUGGCACCCAAGUAGUCAAAGGUUACGCAGAGACAUGAAAAUGUUAUGGGAUACGUCUCAAAUAACUGAAAUUCUCUGUCCAUUAAACAAUGCAAGGAACCAAAUAAUGUUUAUUGACUUCGCAGUCUCAGUCGCUGGUUCAUUUUCGCAAUCCAUGACUGAACUAUGCCCCAUGUUUUGUUCGAUGUUUUAUGUAUGCAGACAGAAACAGAAGUGUAUGUAUGCCUCGUUCUACUCAAGAAUAUGUUAAAUGCAUUUGCUCAUAGCUGCAAUUUCAUAUGAAUUUCUCAGCAGCUAUUCUGACUAAAUAGAAAAAAGAAGGAAAACCUCAACAGCUGUUCAAGAUCAAAUGUUUUGAUUAUGAAAUGUAUGGGAACAGAUGGCGAUGCAUGUGAGGGACAAGUUAGUCAGUAGUUGUUCACUCGUAUAUUCUGGCAUGCAUCUGGGACAGCUCGACAAAUCUUAUCUUUUUAUAGUGCUCAGAUCUCCCCAGGUCUUGACAUCAGAAAUGUUCUGGCCUCGAAAGAGCAGCUGUCUGCUGAAUUCCAAAACGUGGAAUGUUCUCUUGACUGGUGCUGUAUUUGAAUUCUGACGACUCUUUGUAUCUUUUGAUGGCAUACUUUAUUGUGAAAUGGAUGCAGUUUAUAGAA